AGAAGGCGCCUCAGAGUCAGAGUGACUUCAUCAACUGCCCGGAGCUCUGCUAGUACAGCCACGAUCCCAGUCAUGAGGUGGCCGUCCAGUAGGCAGGGUGGCUCACUGGAGUUGUCUGGGAAGCCACAGUGAGAGGGGAAGAGGCUGAGGGCCCUCACAGGACGCAAUGGACAAGUUUCGGAUGAUCUUCCAGUUUUUGCAGUCCAACCAAGAGUCCUUCAUGAACGGUAUCUGUGGCAUCAUGGCGCUGGCCAGUGCCCAGAUAUAUUCUGCCUUUGACUUCAACUGCCCCUGCUUGCCUGGCUACAAUGUGGCCUACAGCAUGGGUAUACUGCUGACGCCUCCCCUGGUGCUUUUUCUGCUCGGCCUAGUCAUGAACAACAACAUAUCCAUGCUUGCUGAAGAGUGGAAGCGCCCUGCCGGCCGUCGGGCCAAGGACCCAGCCGUGCUACGUUACAUGUUCUGUUCCAUGGCCCAGCGAGCUCUCAUCGCACCCGUCGUCUGGGUGGCUGUCACACUGCUGGAUGGCAAGUGUUUUCUCUGUGCCUUCUGCACCGCGGUGCCGGUGGCCACACUAGGCAAUGGCAGCCUGGUGCCUGGCCUGCCUGCUGCAGAGCUGGCUCGCCUGCUGGCUCGUGUACCCUGCCCUGAGAUCUACGAUGGGAACUGGCUGCUGGCCCGAGAGGUGGCCGUGCGAUAUUUGCGCUGCAUCUCUCAGGCACUGGGCUGGUCCUUUGUGCUGCUGACCACAUUACUGGCAUUUGUGGUACGUUCUGUGCGGCCCUGCUUCACACAAGCUGCCUUUCUCAAGAGCAAGUACUGGUCCCACUACAUUGACAUCGAGCGUAAACUCUUUGAUGAGACAUGCACAGAGCAUGCCAAGGCCUUUGCUAAGGUAUGUAUCCAACAGUUCUUUGAAGCCAUGAACCAUGACCUGGAACUGGGACACACACAUGGAGUGUUGGCCACGGCCGCAGCUACACCUGUGGAAGCUGACAGGACAGAGGAAGAGAGGGAGAAACUGCGUGGUAUCACUGACCAAGGCACCAUGAACAAACUACUCACAAGCUGGCACAAAUGCAAGCCACCACUGCGGCUGGGCCAGGAGGCACCACUGAUGGGCAAUGGCUGGGCUGGGAUUGAGCCCCGGCCUCCACGCAAGGAAGUGGCCACCUACUUUAGCAAAGUGUGAGUGGUAGCUGGCUGCAGAGACAGGAGUAGAGAUCU